CCCUCUUCUCCCGCACACCCCCCCUCCCCGCGCGCACACAGCUCAGGAGCCGAGAGAUCACGCGAUCCCAUCGGCCGAGGCCAAUGGCGUCCUCCGAGCUCACCUACCGCGGCCAGCAGGCGGCGGCGGCUGCCGACGGCGCGCACGGCGCGGCCGAGAGCAAGCCGCGGACCAGGCAGCAGCUGCCGCAGCCGCUCCGGUACGUGCUGGGCGAGCAGCGUCUCGUCUUCUCCCUGGUCGGCAUGGCCCUCGCCACCCUCCUCUUCCUCCUCCUCUCCCCCUCCACCACCACCACCACCCCGUCCACCAGCGUGGCGCACCUGGCGGCGGUGGGGCUGGCGUCGCGGCAGUACCAGUCGGGCGGCGGGGGACGGAUGGCGUUCGAGGAGUCCGGCACCGGCGGACGCCACGGCCGCGUGCCGCUGGGGCUGAAGCGCAAGGGCCUGCGGGUGGUGGUGACCGGCGGGGCCGGGUUCGUGGGCAGCCACCUGGUGGACCGGCUGCUGGCGCGCGGGGACAGCGUGAUCGUGGUCGACAACUUCUUCACGGGGCGCAAGGAGAACGUGGCGCACCACGCCGGGAACCCCAACUUCGAGAUGAUCCGGCACGACGUCGUCGAGCCGAUCCUGCUGGAGGUGGACCAGAUCUACCACCUCGCCUGCCCGGCCUCCCCCGUGCACUACAAGUUCAACCCCGUCAAGACCAUCAAGACCAACGUGGUGGGCACGCUCAACAUGCUCGGCCUCGCCAAGCGCGUCGGCGCGCGCUUCCUCCUCACCAGCACCAGCGAGGUCUACGGCGACCCCCUCCAGCACCCCCAGGUCGAGACCUACUGGGGCAACGUCAACCCCAUCGGCGUGCGGAGUUGCUACGACGAGGGCAAGAGGACGGCGGAGACGCUGACCAUGGACUACCACCGCGGCGCCAACCUCGAGGUGAGGAUCGCUCGGAUCUUCAACACCUACGGGCCGCGCAUGUGCAUCGACGAUGGCCGGGUCGUCAGCAACUUCGUCGCUCAGGCGCUGAGGAAGGAGCCCCUGACGGUGUACGGCGACGGCAAGCAGACGAGGAGCUUCCAGUACGUCUCCGAUCUGGUGGAGGGUCUGAUGAAGCUGAUGGAGGGGGACCACGUGGGGCCCUUCAACCUGGGGAACCCGGGGGAGUUCACCAUGCUGGAGCUGGCCAAGGUGGUGCAGGACACCAUCGACCCCAACGCGCGCAUCGAGUUCCGGGCAAACACCGCCGACGACCCGCACAAGCGCAAGCCCGACAUCACCAAGGCCAAGGAGCUGCUCGGGUGGGAGCCCAAGGUGGCGCUCCGGAACGGCCUCCCGCUCAUGGUCCAGGACUUCCGCGCCCGCAUCUUCGGCGACCAGAAGCAGCAGCAACCCGACGGCGCCGAGUAGUGAUCGCCCGUCGACGCACCGCCGCGCCGCGGGGCGGUGCCAUUUCAUCAUCUUGUUAUGUAGGAUGGAUUUGUUGAGGGGGGAGGAAGAAACAUGUGAAAGUAACAGCAGGGAUACCGGAAAUGAAUGAAUGAAACCGGGGAAUAUACACCAUCAUAUCCACUGUGUAGUUUCUUAGCGUCAUGUAUCAUGGGUGAAGUAGUUAGCUGGUUCCGCCAAGAGCAAGCCGUGCCCGAAAUUCGUUUGCUCGCAUUCUUCUAAUUUUACAUCAUGUUGGGAAUUUUCCAAGUUGAUCUCUAUACUACUUACUGGUUCAUGGUUAAUUGCA